CUCCUGUAAGCUUUAGUCAGGGAGUUUGGGAGCAGGAGCGUAGGAGUACGAGAGAGUGGAAAAAGCAAGUGUGUCGAAACAAGCAGGCGUAGAGUAGGCAGGACCCACCACGCAGUCCAGACAGAGGCUGCACUCAGAAGCGAGUGUGCUUGCGGUUUUGUCACCCUGCUGGAGUUGGCUGUUGACUUAGGGGCUGCUGAGUUGAGCGCGCAAGUGGCAGCGACUAAGAGGGUCGGAGAAAUCAUCACAAUCACCACUGUCAAGUACCUCUCCUCUUUGAAGUUGUUAAAAUUGUUGGAGGCGGCUGCAGGGGACCAAUUUUUCUCUGUGGGGAACCAAAGCUGAAAGAAGGCCAAAGGCCAAGACAACUGGACUGGCUCCAACUUCCAACUCCCUAAGGACUUUUGUUUUUGCACCUCGGCCCCGGGAAGGAAUCAGACAAGAAGACAGAUGGGCAAAAGGCUACGUGCUGUUUGCCACAGAACCACCAGCUCAUCUGCAUCCCUGACUGCAGCCCCGGAGAGAGUCUGCUGUACGGCUUGAGCCCGAGGCAGGCACAAAGCCAGAGAAAGAGCAGGGGAAUCUGAGUACCAAAGAGCGAGGGAAUCUGAGUACCCACUGAGUUCUGGCCCCCUCCUUCGCCGGCCUCAUCCCCGGCCCCUCCUCUGCAGGCGCCCUGUGGUACCCCCCUUCGCCCCAUGGGGCAGGAAGCGUGAAAAAUCUCACUAAUGGGUUUAUUUGCUGUCAGACCAGCAGUGAUCUGUCACUCCCUGGGACUCCUCCACUUGACAUUUUUCACAGUCGAGUAAGCCGCACAGCUAGCCUGGACCCUAGGACCUUGCUGAACCCUACUAGCUAAAUCUGAACAUCAUUGCCACCAGCCUGCUUGAAUCAAACUGCCUGCCUCUCACACUAUUUUGGUUCACUACAACAAAACACCACAGUCAAGCACCAGAGACUUCAGCUGUUGCCUUGGUUUUGUCCUAAGCAGUGUGGUCCACUGUGCCCCUGAGAAGGAGGCUGAUCCCUAGGAUACAAGAGCUUUGUCUGUUCCUGUUGGAGGCUGGUUUGGGGGAGCUGAAGAUGCGCCUCUGGGUGCUGACCAUGCUGGCGGCGGUGCUAUGGAGCCAGGAAACGUUCCAGGCAGGGGCUGAGGCAAAGAAAGUGCGAAAGAAGCAGAAAGAGCUGACCCCACAGCACACAGAGGCUUUCAACACCACACUCUCCAACAGCGAGGAGCUGGAUGAGGGCACAAAGGUCACUGAAGGUCAAAGAGUAGAUCCACAUGGAUCUUGGAUGGACUUUGUCAAAAGACCUGUGGGCAACUUCCCAGGAAAGUGCCGGAAACGAAAGCGACCACUGCCAGGACCUCCAGGGCCUCCUGGCCCCCCAGGGCCUCAGGGCCCUCCAGGAUCCCCCGGAGCAGAGGUCACUCAAGAGGUUCUGUUGCAGGAGUUUAAAGAGAUGAUCAAAGAGGCCACGGAGAGGAGGGCGUCGGUGGACAAAUCCGGCGGGUCCAGCCAUCUGCCCACGGCUCUUCUGGCUCUGGAGGGCAUGGUGUCCUACAGGAGGAUCGAGGAGGCCUUCCACUGCAAGCUCAGAGGCCCCGUAGUGGUGGACAAGAAGACACUGACAGAGCUGCAGAACUUCCAAACACCUCCUGCCAAAGGUGCCUUCCUCAGAGGGACGGGGAUGGAUCAGUCCACCGGCCGCUUCACAGCGCCCAUCACUGGAAUUUAUCAGUUCUCUGCCAACGUUCAUAUUGACCACAGCGAGGUGAAGAAAAGUAAGAACCAGCUCAGAGCCAGAGACAAUGUGAGAGUGCUGAUAUGCAUCGAAUCGCUGUGCCAUAGAUACACGUCCUUGGAGAUGAUUGUUGGCUUGGAGAGUAACAGCAAGAUAUUCACAGUAUAUGUUCAUGGAUUGCUGGAACUCCAGGCUGGCCAGUACACAUCCAUAUUUGUGGACAAUGCAGCAGGAGCUUCCAUCACAAUACAGAACGGCUCGGACUUCAUGGGCAUGCUGCUGGGGGUAUAGCCUCUCUUUCUUUUUUCUCUCAACCAAGACUGCUUUGCUUUCUUUUGGACUACAAUCCAAUCCAUCAAACAAUGGGCGUAAUGGAACAUCCAGAGACUGUUUACACUAAAGCUUCAGUAUGAUGUGACUGAACUGCUGUGCUGAAUGUGGCACAUUUGGGUCCUUUCUGAGAAAAGACAGUUGGAUGGAAUUUUCAUCAUCCUUGGAGAGAAAAGAGGACAUUGAUCUACACUAGUUUUAUUUGCAUGCUAUGAAAAUGUCUUUUUCAUAGUCUUUUCCUACACAAUGAAAGCAAUCUUUUUGUUACAUUGGGGUUUUAAGAAUAUGAUAUUGAGCAGAAUUUAUUUUGUGGUACAUAUAGAUAUAUAUAAUGGUAGAUAUAUACAAAGAUAUAUGACUACAACUACAUAAUGUUCUUUUGAAAAAUGAGAGUCAUGUCUUUAAGGUACUUUGAUACAGAUUUAUUGUUUGACUGCUGUUAGCAGAUCCUGCAUAUUUUUGCUAGAAAAUGAGUGAAAUAUAACUCUGCUAAUAUUAUUAGCAGAGCACACAUAUUUUAGAGAGAAAAAUGACUGUAAACGAGUAAGGCCCUGUCUAUGGACUCAAUGAACUUGGCCUUAUCUCCAUGAGAGAUGGAUCCUGUUGUGCUUAUCGCUCCUUAUGUAUACAUCUCUGUAUUGUUGAUUUCUAAUGAUAAUACAAAAGAUAACAAACCAUAACACACCACACAGCUCUAAAACACUGUCAGUGCAAGAAAAUGGAUCACAUCGUUGUCCAUGGAGAACGGAUUCGCCAACUUAUAAUGGCCUAAAUCUAGAGACGGCCAAUGAGGAGCAUAAAAAACUUCAGUUUUGGCUCUGUUUACUCUGUUUCCUCAAUGAAGUUCCAAUUCCAAUUCCAAAUUUUGGUCCAGGAAUGUACGCUUGUGCUUAAGGAGUGUAACUACCAUGACAAAUUAGACAUGUUGGAGAUUCCUGCUGAGUUUUCCAAAACGCCAAACAUGUCAAGCCUCUGUUUCUCAAGCAUGCCCUUGGGAAGCCAUAAGCUCUUUUUGUUUUGUUUUUUUAGGUGAACUACCAAUCGUUUUCUUUUCCUCCUUUUUUCUUGAAUAUAUCAGGCGAGGUUAUGCACAUAUAUGAUUCCAUGUACAAUUGGUCAAAGUAUUUAUGUAAAUGUAUCCGCAAAUGUACCUAAAAGCAAAAAUUCUGAAUGGGCUGCUACACAUCAAAUAGAAUGUUGAUACAAGUGAUGGUAAUGUGAAUAAAUCACCAUCUUGAGCA